GGAGCUCCACUCUGAAGGAGGUGAGACAGAAAGAAAAAGUUUCAGAGAUUUACCAAGAUGGCCCAAGAUUCUGUCAAAUUUUAAGAACAAAUGUACCUUAUAGCUCAUGGAAGAAAAAACACAAAUCAAGACAUAUUUGGGUUCCAAGUUGCCAAAGUAUGGAACAAAAUCUGUAAGAAGUACACUGCAGCCAAUGCCAAGUGGGACACCUGUUAAUUUAUUGGGAACUUCCAAAACUAGCAGCAUCAAAAGUUACAUAAAAAAUAAUGGCUCUGAUUGUCCAUCAUCCCAUUCAUUUAAUUGGAGAACAACAGCUAAGUACCAACUUGGUGCACCAAGUGCUGAGGAACCUAAUGAUACUCAAAGUUCACAUGAUAAAGUAAUUGAUCCUGAAAAACAUGCACCUGCUCAAGGAAUGUUUGCUAAAAAUGGGAUAAAGGGAGAUUUGAAGAGUGUUUCUUUUACAUCAAACUUAGCGAAGCCGUCCACUAUGUUUGUGUCAUCUACAGAGGAAUUAAAACAAAAGUCUUUGUCUGGACCAUCCGGUUUGGGUAAAUUCACCAAAGGCACGAUAUUAGGAAGGACUUCAUAUUCUCUAGUCAGUGCUCCAACAUCGCAGUUGAGUGGGUUCUAUGUGAAUCGAUCAGCUGGUAGCAUACAGAGGCCUAGAGCAAACUCCUGUGCUACCAGAAGCAGUUCUGGAGAAAGCUUAGCACACUCCCUAGAUAAUAUGAAAUCUCUUACUUGUGAAAAAAUGGUAAGGUCACAGAGUUUUUCACAUUCCAUUCAGAAUUCAUUCUUUCCACCUUCAUCUAUAACCAGAUCGCAUUCCUUCAGUAGAGCUGCAGAUCUUAAGCCUUAUCAGAACCAACAUCUACCCAUUAGAAUGCCUCUGAGGGCAAGUAUGCUAACAAGAAAUUCCCAGCAGUCUGACGUACUCAAUGGGCAUGAACAUUUAGGGUAUGGAUUUAAUAGGCCUUAUGCUGCUGGUGGAAAGAAGUUGGCUUUAUCAAAUGGCCCAGGUGUAACUUCCACUUUGGGUUAUAGGAUGGUUCAUCCCUCUCUACUGAAAUCUAGCCGAUCUCCAUUUUCUGGGACUAUCACAGUUGAUGGUAAUAAAAAUGCACCUGCUGGCACAUGUGUAGGGGAAGAUACUGGACUUUUGGCUAAGGACAGAGCUACCAACAAGGACCAAGGACUAAUUGAAAAUAAUAGUGAUAGAACAGAAAAUGGCCAGACCAUGAAGCAUGAUGCUAAAAUUAGAUACCUGAGUGAUGAUGUGGAUGACAUUUCCUUAUCUUCUUUGUCAUCUUCUGAUAAGAAUGAUUUAAGUGAAGACUUUAGUGAUGAUUUUAUAGACAUAGAAGACUCCAACAGAACUAGAGUAACUCCAGAGGAAAUUUCUCUCAAAGAAGAAAAGCAUGAGAAUAUACCAACAAAGGAUAUAUUUGAUUCCCCCAAGGAAAAUGAAAAAUGCUUCAGUAAAACUGAUGAGUGGAUAGAUAUAAGUGUCUCUGACAGGAGUGAAUGUACAAAACAUACUUCUGGGAGUAACUUGAUUUCACCAGAUACAGAUUACAGAGCUGGUUCUUCAUUUGAACUCUCUCCAUCUGAUAGCUCUGAUGGAACAUACAUGUGGGAUGAAGAGGGCUUGGAGCCCAUUGGAAAUGUCCACCCAGUUGGGAGCUAUGAGUCCUCUGAAAUGAACAGCAUAGAUAUUCUGAAUAAUCUUGAAUCAUGUGAUCUGGAGGAUGAUGACCUUAUGCUUGAUGUGGAUCUGCCUGAGGAUGCAUCUGUUGAAAAUGUGGAGUGUGACAAUAUGAAUCGCUUUGAUCGAUCAGACAGAAAUGUUCGGCAGUCUCAGGAAGGAUUUUGGAAAAGGUCACCCCAGAGGUGGAGUGGACAGGAACAUUACCCCCUCAGUCAUCCUGACCGCUAUCAUCACCAUGGAAAAAGUGACUUGAGCAGAGGCUCUCCCUACAGAGAAUCUCCUUUGGGUCAUUUUGAAAGCUAUGGAGGGACCCCCUUUUUCCAGGCUCAGAGAAUGUUUGUAGAUGUACCUGAAAAUACAGUGAUACUGGAUGAGAUGACCCUCCGGCACAUGGUCCAGGAUUGUACUGCUGUAAAAACUCAGUUACUCAAACUGAAACGUCUGCUGCACCAGCAUGAUGGGAGUGGAUCAUUACAUGAUAUCCAGCUAUCAUUGCCAUCUAGUCCGGAACCAGAAGAUGGCGAUCAAAUAUACAAGAAUGAAGAUUUAUUAAAUGAAAUAAAACAACUUAAAGAGGAAAUAAAGAAAAAAGAUGAAAAAAUCCAACUAUUAGAACAUCAGCUUGCAACUCGGUGUAACUGCCACCAAAAAUCUAAAGAGGAAAAAUGCACAUAUGCCGAUAAAUAUACCCAAACAUCCUGGAGAAGAAUUCCUCCUCAAGUACUACAGCCUUCCAGCAGCCUUGCCAGACCCACAGACCACGCCCAGGGAAAACUAACAAAAUGGCAGCAUAGCGAGGACCACAGUGAGCUCGCGGGCCAGGGCGCCCGUCCAGGGGCCGCAUGCCGGGAUGACAGCUUUGCACAUGACUCGCAGCAAGAAGGCAGCGGUAGCCUGGAAGGCCAGCCUUUCUCCUCAAGCCCGCAGCUCACUGAGGAGGUGGCUAAGAGUGCGCCUUUGGCAGCAGGCUGGGACAUGACCAUGGAUGCUCCAGAGCCUUAUCAUUUGGCAAGUAAUCCAAUGAAUGACAUGCAGGUGGUACCCACUUCUUCUCAAACACUUACCCAGUCGAGUUCAGGAGACCAGGCUAAGAGAGUUGGAAGAAACCAGUCUUUACCAGAGGACGACACAUCUCAGCCCAAAUCCUUGCAGCUUUUGAAGCCAUCCAUCUUGAGUUCUUCGGUACCUCCUUCAGUUUCUGAAUCAUCUCCAAGUAGGACUCCCACCUGUAAGAACUCACCAGUAAUGGCACCAUGUAAUUCAGCAAAAAUUCAGCUAACAUCUAGUCAAACAAAUCUUGCAAAUAAUCUAAAUCCACGAGCAUCUAAGCUCCGCCCUCCUUCUGGCUCUUUCAAACAAAAACAAAUAAUCAACCCCCGACCAGAGCCUCAAAACUUCCAGGCCAAGACAAGCAUCCCAAGGCCAUUAACAAAGAGAAAAGAGAUCAUGCAGAACCCAAAUGGCAAUUUGAAUUCUGGGGAUGGUUUGUCGUAUAAUCGGUAUUCUCGUCUUCCUAAACCAAAGAUACACUAAGUACAUAGUCAUCACCUGCCAAUUUGUCUUUUUAAAAAAAAUCUGUAAUAGCUUUACAUGCAGUUUGCUGCCAUGGUGGAGGUUCCAUUAAAAGCUUGCAAAUCUUAAAAUAUUAAAAUGUGGAAGCUUCUA